CAAGUAAAACCGUUCUAACGGAACUGUUACGAAAUACAAUUUUGAAAAAAAAUAUAGUGGUGGUAAUAGUGAGGUAACCUAAAGAGAAGCCAGGCCUACAGGAAUGGAAUGAUUACAGAAGUAAUCUAGAAGCUGGUUAAAACAUCUGCCUCACAGAUACUGACAAUAGUUUGUUCAAGAGUUUGUGAAGUCUCCGGUCGAGGAGGAGGUGGGGGAAUGGUGGUGGUGAGGAGGGGGAUGCUUGUGUUAGUUCCCGUCCUAAAUGUUUUAGCAGGGCUCAUUUACUGUGCGAUAUUUUUUUUUUUACACAGACUCAGAUCAUGCUGGUCAGAGACAGCACUGAAAAGAAGAAGUUCCUUUUAUGGGAGAGUGAAGAAAACGAAUUUGAGACUAUUUUUAAGGAACUGAAGAAUUCUGUUAAUGCAACCAUCCAGAUUUCAGUAAACGCACCUGAACUGGGAACGAAGAUCUUGAAAACAUCAGGAAUCAAAGAUUUCGACAUUUCCGAGGAGCUCGAGCGUUUACAAGAAAAGCUCUCAAAUAUAAUAUCUAAUCUUGAAAUAGGCGAGCUGAAAGAAGAAUGUUUCCCAAUCCCCAACAAGUUGGAUUUAAUCAACAGACAUAGUAGAACCCUUCAAGAACUUUACACUAAAGUCACUGGCAUGACGGGUGAAGCUUGUAAGUACGAUGAAUUAGUGAGAAGAAACUUCUACGACUUCACGUACCACAGUUUAAGAGCCGUACAUAAUGAUCUGAGUGUACGAGCUGCGGACCUACAAUCAGCAGAACCAACCAUGAGAGAGAAGGAGAAAGAAACACUAAAAAGCCUAUUAUCAUACCAAAAAGGCAGAGAAAAGCAAGUCGAGCAUUUGGAAAAGUUAUGGAUAGGGCUUUUCUCACCGCAGAUUAAGAGCACACAUUCGGAAGUCGCUUUAACCAAAGGAAUCACAACCCCAAAGAUUGUGAGGGCAAAAUCGGAAGGCUCCUUAACCAAAUGGAAGACAGGAGGAAAGCACGAAUUUGCCUUGACAAAGCGGAUAUCGGAAGGUCCUGUGCUUGUCUCAUUCUCGGAGGCUGGAGAGGAAAACUGAAUCAGAGAAUCCGACGUCAAGAGAUAUCAUCAUCGAGAGAAGAGUUUAAAGGUUCAAGGGAAUUUGGUUUUGCCAGGCCAUUCAAGAAAGCUCUUUCAUAGGAAACAAUUAAAAGCAAUUUUGACAUUCGCAGCAUUACAUGGUGACGAAGUCAUUCUAUUUUCUAACAGAGCCGCGGUACAAACUUUCCCAGGCCCUCUCCUCUAUGGGGACGUAAAAACGCUCAAGGUUUUUUUUACUGUGUGCCAAAGUGGAAUAGUGAAGUAGAAUAACAAAAAAGAUUAUAAUUCAAAUUUGGUAUAAAAUAUCUUCUGGUGCUUUUUUAUUGUGAAAGCUGUGGCUUAUAUUUUACUUAUAUUCGAAAGAGACAUAUUCCCCCACGAAAGGCGGUGAUGGACAGUAAUUUGGUCAAUAAAUUGUCCAUUCUUUCAUCGCUGACUAAUUACUACAACUGUUAAGAGGCUGGCACUCUCUUAUGCAAGAAACACGAUGCAUCUUUCUUGCAAUUUACUUUUUUAACAGCGCGGCCUAUUGUGAGCGCGGAUUUUAAAAUGAGCCGUGAGUAGCGCUUUUUUUUGUCGCCUGUUUCCGGCUGAAGUGGAAAGAAAACUUAAGAGGUGGUUUUUGAGCGUCUUGAGUUGUGAUGUUAUGGCGAACUGGCCGAAACCAGGCGAUGAAAUGUGUAAUGGAAUAGCAAAAUCAGCCGUUGUUGAAAGUUGGGUUUGAGAUUAGGAAGGAAGGAGGAAGGAUUUUUAUGCACUUAACAUUAUUCUGGUACAAGAUUUUUGUCCACUAAAAGUUGAAAUUGCUCGAUUUCCUAUCGGAUUUUGUCUUAAUUUUUUUGUGUGGUUUUUGUAGUGUUUUAUAUGAGCCAGACUGAAAGUUUUAGUUCGAAGCACAGCGAUGUUCCUUGUGACGUCACGAGCUCUGUGGCGAUCACCGUGGUUUGUGAAAAGCGAGGAUAACAAGAGAGAAAUAAAAGCCAGUGUUUUUUAAUCAACACUCUCUUCACUCUCUCCUUCUUUAAAUCAUAAAAGAGAAAGUACUCCUGCUGUUCUCGACUUACUUCAAAUUUUGGUCUCCCUGGACACCUGGUGAAGCUUACUAGCGCAUUAUAACCAAUCGAGUAGAGAAGAUUUUCGCAUGUUGCGAGGCGAGAUAAUACCGCACCGAUCGCAAUCAAAUCGUCCAAGUUCAGUAGAAUUGGUUCCGGCAAGAACAAGAAAAUGACGACAUAUUCGUUCAAGCCGAGAUACUGUAGACUCCAACAAUUCUUCCGAGAAGUGCGACUGUGGCCGCCUAGACACAUCGAGCAAUGCGUUUCUCUGUGGUAUGAGUUGACGAGCCAGGACUCUUGAUCAGUUGUCAUUUGACCUGCCAGUUACGAAGAAGAUGGGCGACAAGGAGUCCACAUCACCUGCAAGUCUUUUCGGGACUUGACGGAGAGCAUUCAGGAGAUUCUUGAAAUUGUGCGUGAACUGCAGAUCACAAGGGCCAUGAACUGACCUGUUCAGCAUUGUUCUGGCCCUCUAGUGAUUCAAAAAUAAAUUUAUCAGAGUUAUUUUUGAUCUGUUUAUAUUUGUGACUUUAACACAAUUUUCUUCCCAUGGUAUUACAGUCCUAGUGUUGUCACUGAAAAGUCCGAGCACGCCUUCCGUGCCUAUAUUGAGAAACACUUGACACCUUCAGGGCUUGGCGGCUUGGCUCUGUAAAAUGCUAACACAACUGAAAAUAAGACACGUUGUGCAUUUAAAACGCGGCGAUAAAUUUCAAGCUCCCGAAGACACGUGUGUUGUCGUUCCUUGGCAUUUUUAGUGAUAUCACAAGGACUUCAAGAGUCAACUUCAUGAAAACUAUUCAAUGAAUUGCAUUUGAAAGACCUGUAUCUUUUUUGUCAGAAAAUAAUUGCACGAAACAAUUAGAAC